CAGGGGCGGGGCGGGGCCGCAUAAAGGGCCCCGCGCGCAGCUCGGAGCCGCAUCGCGACCGCCCCGCGCUGGGAACCGAACGGGAUCGGGAACGGCACCGCCGCAGGUAACGGGGAUCCGCACCGCCGCAGCUCAAGAUGUCUAAAAAAAUCCAUGGAGGCUCCGUUGUGGAGAUGCAAGGAGAUGAAAUGACACGGGUCAUCUGGGAACUGAUUAAAGAAAAGCUGAUUUUUCCUUAUGUAGAUCUGGAUUUGCACAGCUAUGACUUGGGCAUUGAGCAUCGUGAUGCUACAAAUGAUAAAGUAACCAUGGAAGCUGCUGAAGCCAUAAAGAAAUACAAUGUGGGCAUCAAGUGUGCAACCAUCACUCCUGAUGAGAAGAGAGUGGAGGAGUUCAAGUUGAAGCAGAUGUGGAAGUCUCCCAAUGGGACAAUCAGAAACAUCCUGGGAGGCACAGUUUUCAGGGAGGCCAUUAUCUGCAAGAACAUUCCCCGGCUGGUGUCUGGGUGGGUGAAACCCAUUGUCAUUGGCCGUCACGCCUAUGGGGAUCAAUACAGAGCAACUGAUUUUGUGGUUCCUGGGCCUGGAAAAGUAGAGAUGACCUACACUCCCACAGAUGGAGGCAAACCAGUCACAUAUCUGGUCCAUAACUUUGAAAGCUGUGGUGGUGUAGCCAUGGGAAUGUACAAUCUUGACCAGUCUAUCAAGGAUUUUGCCCACAGUUCCUUCCAAAUGGCACUGUCUAAAGGCUGGCCCCUCUACAUGAGCACCAAGAACACCAUUCUGAAGAGAUAUGAUGGCCGCUUUAAAGACAUCUUCCAAGAUAUCUAUGACAGAGAAUAUAAGUCCAAGUUUGAAGCCAAAAAGAUAUGGUAUGAGCAUAGGCUCAUUGAUGACAUGGUUGCUCAGGCCCUGAAAUCUGAAGGAGGUUUUGUCUGGGCCUGCAAGAACUAUGAUGGGGAUGUGCAGUCUGACUCUGUUGCACAAGGCUAUGGUUCUCUGGGAAUGAUGACCAGUGUGCUGAUCUGCCCCGAUGGCAAGACUGUUGAAGCAGAAGCUGCUCACGGCACAGUUACUCGUCACUACCGCAUGCACCAGAAAGGCCAAGAAACCUCCACUAACCCCAUUGCCUCCAUCUUCGCCUGGACAAGAGGACUUGCUCACAGAGCUAAGCUGGACAACAACACUAGCCUCAAGAACUUUGCAGCUGCCCUGGAAGAAGUCUGCAUUGAGACCAUCGAGUCUGGCUUCAUGACAAAGGACCUUGCUGCCUGUAUCAAAGGCCUACCUAAUGUCACACGCUCUGACUACCUGAACACCUUUGAGUUCAUGGACAAGCUCGCUGAAAACCUGAAGCAGAAGCUGGCCUCUCUGCCCAAACUUUAAGGCAGGGGUUCUACUCAAGCUCCCCUAGCAAGGUGUCUCCCACUUACAUGAGAGUGUAAGUGGCACCAUAUCAUGCUUUGUUGUGCUUCUUUUAGGAUGUUCUUCAUCUUUGGCCUCUGGCAUUUUCACACUCUUUGGCAGAUACUCCUCAUCAAAAUCAACUCUUUGCCUAAUUACUCUAGUUUUUCUGUUGGUUUUCUGUCUGAUGCUCUUUCUGCUCACACUUGAGUCCUCCUGCAAAGCACAGGCACUUGAAGUCUCUUUCCUGAGGAAAAGCAAAUUUUGUGGCCUGGAAUCACCUGAGGGAACAUCAUGACUUGAGAAGGUAUGAACUGGGCUUUUUAAUAAACUCUCCAUAUUUUGGAUCUCUUAACCUGUAGCAUUAAGUCACCACUUUCAAGACUGGGCAGCUGUGCUAGAUUCACCACAAAGGUACUUUCAAGAUCUUGGACUCCAUCAGGGCAGCGGGAAUGGUGCUCCACACUACAGUCUUUAUUCUUGCUGUCAAAAGCCCACACAUAAGCCUUUUGUCCCACCUCACAAACUUCAGACUCACUAGAACAACAUGUUGCAACUUUUGGCUGAAGAAGCUUCUUUGCAUUUUGAGCACGCUCUUCACCUUGAGAUAUAUCAGGACUACUUUUUGCACUGUUUUUAAUUGCACUUGUUUUCUUUUUUCCUGUGCUUGCUUUUUUAACAGUCAUUUUCUCACCAGUUCUAGGUUUUCUUAACAGGCUCCCUCAGGGGUAUAAAAACAUUUACCCACGAUUGCUCACAAUGUACUUGCUGAACUUUUACAGACAGUCUCACUCCCCUUAGAUGUGAAACUAUGCCAAUAUAUAGAUGAUAUUCUAAUUGGAGGAGAUUCCCAUGAAAAGGUGGAGGAAGCAGCAACAGUGUGGGAAGCAUUUCAUGAAAGAGGAAUUGAAAUUCCACCUGAAAAAUGUCAAGGACCAAAUAAAGAAGUAAAAUUUUUGGGUACUUGGUGGAGUGCAGUCAGUGCAGCACUUCCUCCAGACACUUUAAAGGAAAUAAAACAAAUACAGAUGCCCCAAAUCAAAGAAAGAAUUACAACAGUUUGUGGCAACUUUAGCAUAUUGGAGCAAACAUGUACCUGGAUUUUCUAUCAUUGCUGGUAUAUGUGGCACUUUAUCACGCUUUGUUGUGUAACAUUUCAAACACUAGACAAAAAAUGAACAUAACACUUAAAAUUUUUAAAGAUCAUGUUUUUUUAAACCCCUUGAGCUGCUGCCCUAGGCCUUACUUUUGCCAAGCAGAGGAAUGUGAUACUGUUCAAGUUCAGUGUGGGUCUGGACUCCUAACAGCACACCUGAGGUUUCUCUCUGUGACUUUGAUCUGUGUUUCUGUUAUUUCUUUAUCUCAGUCUGAAAGCCAGUCUGUGUCACAUCUCUGGUCAAACUGGCGGUGAGCUACUGUCCAACUGACCUCAGAAAUCAGAGCCGUCCUCCUCUCUCCAGUACUGUCCAUGAGUAUAAGUGGGUUCACAGGGCUAUGCCAGCUCUGUUGCAGUCCCUCGCAAUUUAUCUUUCAGUGCCAACAGGAGCAGAGUAUCCUGACACUAAGGGAUUUGGUUCCAUUGCUGGGGUCAGGACUGUAGCAUUCAAGAAGCACUUAGUAAAUGCUGGAAACAAGCCUUACAGGCUAAGAUCCUAUUAAAGUCAUGCUGCAGUGUCUAAAUGCAGGCCCUGCAUUUAGUUAUGCUCCUUCUGACUGGAUGUGAAGCAUAGGAACUGUUAUCUCUUCUCCCCUCCCCCAAUUCAUAAAGGUGCAAAACUUCUAAUUUUCUGGGCUAUUACUUACCCUUUCUGUUGUGAUAUAGCAUCAGAUCAUGACUGUGAAAAACUAUUCCAUCCAUGGUUUUGUGUUCUGGGUUUUUUAAGGAAUAGUUUUAGUUCAGACUAAAAUAAAAACCAACUAACAUUC